AUGACUAUUUGGCCGGUGACUGUACACUUGGCUACGUUUAUGGUAGAUCUCGUGGUUCUCGCUUUUUGGUUCUCUCGCAUCUUACAGUUUGUAGGUCAAUUAGCAGGCCAAUACUGGGUCGCUCAAUCGUCUGGUCCAGGACCUAGACAUGAAGGAAUAUAUCUCAAGGCUGCCAAGGGCCGAAUUGAUGGGAGGCAUGUGUUCAACAGCUGCAAGAAAUAUGGUGCACGGGAGUCGACUUGCUUCAGUUGCGAGCAGCCAUUAGAGAACAAAGAUGGCAGUAUCCAGUGUUUCUCCCCGCGGUCAUGA